UGAGGCUGUGACCACAAAAUACACAACAGCUACAGUCAGGUGAUCCCAUUGGAGCCAAUAAAAGGGCAAGCAUUUGAGGGUUUUAAUCCUGAAAGCAAACAAGUUGCAGUUUCACUUUCAUUUGUGAAUGCAAUGAAAUAAUCGUGAAAUCCACGUACAGACCAGACCGGCUCAUAAAGCUUCAUACAGAGAGAGGAAAGGAACGCAGAAAGAUAUAACGGAGGGAAUAACAAAGAUAUAAACAUGAGCGCCCAAAUCCAUAUGAAGGAUCCGAUCUGCCUGAUAGAGAACAGGAACAGCAAUGAGUUUGUGAUUAAUACAGAAGCAGAACAGAUUCUGUCUCAGAUCACUGAUCCGGUGGUGGUUGUGGCGAUUGUUGGGAAAUACCGGACAGGGAAAUCUUAUCUGAUGAACAAACUGGCAGGAAGGAAAACUGGUUUCCCUUUGGGAUCCACCAUUCAAUCAAAGACUAAAGGGAUCUGGAUGUGGUGCGUUCCUCACCCUCGCCAACCCUCACACACCCUGGUGCUGUUGGACACAGAGGGACUGGGGGAUGUGGAAAAGGGAGACAGCAAAAAUGACGGCUGGAUCUUCUCUCUGGCAGUUCUGUUAAGCAGCAACUUAGUGUAUAACAGUAUGGGAACCAUCGACAAUCAUGCAAUGGAGCAGCUACAAUACGUGACAGAACUGUCAAAACUGAUAAAGCUAAAAUCAAACCCCGAACAAGAAGAAAAGAAUGAACCUGAUGAAUUCAAGCGGAUAUUCCCAUCAUUCACAUGGUGUGUUCGAGAUUUCAGCCUGAUAUUAGAGCUGGAUGGGAGGGCAGUCACAGAAGAUGAAUAUCUAAUGAAUUCCCUCAAACUCAAGAAAGGUACUGAUAAGCAGACUCAAGAUUACAACCUGCCGAGGGAGUGCAUCCUCCACUACUUUCACUCACACAAAUGUUUUGUGUUUGACCAACCUACGUCUAGUAGAAACCUUCAUCGCCUGGAAGAGCUACAAGAGCAGGACCUGGAAGAAGAUUUUGUGAAACAAACACGGAAGUUUUGUGAUCAUAUACACACACAAGGGGUAGCCAAAACUCUUCCUGGCGGCCUCUUAGUCACUGGUAGAAUGCUGGCACAUCUUACUAGACUAUACAUAGAGACAAUUAUGAGUGGAUCAGUCCCAUGUAUGGAGAACGCUGUCCUUGCACUGUCAGUAAUAGAGAACACUGGGGCUGUGCAGGAUGCCUUGACCAAGUAUGAGACUUGCAUGAAAGAACACCUGCCCAGGUUCCCAACAGAGACACUGCAAGAGUUCCUGCACCUCCACCAGAGGAGUGAGAAGGAGGCUCUGGAGGUGUUUCUGAAACGUUCCUUCAACGAUGAGAAUCAGGAUUUCCAAAAAGAAUUCAAGAAUCUAUUAGAUAACAAAAUGAAGAAUUUUUCAGAACGCAAUGAGAGGGAAUCUACAGAGCGAUGUGAGAUCAUCAUCCAGGAAUUAAGUGAAUAUCUGGAAGAAAGAAUAUCUCAGGGAGAGUUUUUAAAACCUGGAGGGCACAAUCUGUUUUUGGUAGCGAAGAUGACAAUUAUGGAAGAGUAUAACACAACCCCACGCAAAGGCCUAAAGAGCCUUGAAGUACUACAAGAAUUUAUCAGUAACAAGAAGGGCAUUGAAGCUGCCAUUCUCCAAGCCGAUGUGAGCCUGACAGCAAAGGAAAAGGAAAUUGCAGAGAGUCAGGCUGAGACUGCUGAAGCAGAAAGGCAAAGACAGAUUCUUGAAGAGAACAAGAAGUACCUACAAGAAAGCAUGGAAAAUCAGAAGAAGAGCUUUGAGCAGCACGAGAAGAUGCUAAUAGAGAAGAUGGACGCAGAUAGGCAGAAGUUAAUAGCAGAGAAUGAGCGAGUGAUAGCCCAGAAACUGCAGGAACAAAAUGCCAUGCUGACUGCCGGAUUUCAAGGCAGAGUGAAUGCUCUACAGAGUGAGAUUGACGAGCUAUACAGGAGGAACAGGGCGUCAAAACCCAAACCAGGAUGCAUUAUACAGUGACUGAUUUUAUGUAAGGUUGGGAGCGUGCUCAGUAAGGGGCAGAAGCUUUGGGGGAAUGUAUUACAGGUGUAUUUGCAAUGGAAAAUCCUCAAUGUUGGCGAGUAAGUAAGAUAUGUUAUCAUUUUAGAAGGUCCCAAACAACAUUGGAGUCUUCAUUUGAUCAAGAGUGCUAUCAACUUUACCUAUAUAAACACUUUCAGGAUUGCAAUUCCAACUACUGUAUAUACUCGAGUAUAAGCCUAGUUUGUCAGCACCCAAAAUGUGCUGAAAAAGUCACCCUCGGCUUAUACUCGAGUCGGGUGCCAUGGGUCCCUCUAGACUAGCACCCUCUGUCCUUUGUGUGCAAAUUAGGCCACCCGCAACCAGACCCUCCAGUGCCCUGGCCUAGGCUCCCACUAGCAAUACUUAUUUCCCCUUACAUCUCCUCCGGGACUGGGUCUGCUGCCAGUUUGCGAAUCUGCAAUGAGCGUGGGGUAGUACUCAUAUUGUUUUUGUUGACCCUCUUCUCCACUUACAGAGCUAGUUUACUGUUUUUCUUUGAAAUAAAUAUUGAAAAACAUAUA